AUGAGUUAUUCUAGGGGACUCACUCCAGUUAAAAGAGGUCCAUCUUCAAGAAGUGGAGGUCCUCCUCCGAAAAAAUCUGCUCCUUCUGCUGUGGCAAGAAGCAGUAGUUGGAUGGGAAGCCAAGGUCCCAUGUCACAAAGAAGAGAGAAUUAUGGAGUUCCUCCACGCAGAGGGACAAUAUCUUCCUGGAGAAAUGAUCGCAUGUCACCAAGAUAUGAUGGUUAUGCAACUAACGAUGGAAAUCAUCCAAGUUGCCAAGAAACGAGGGAUUAUGCUCCACCAUCUAGAGGCUAUGCAUACCGUGAUAAUGGUCAUUCUAAUCGGGAUGAACAUUCCUCUAGAGGAUAUAGAAAUCAUCGAAGUUCCCGAGAAACUAGGGAUUAUGCUCCACCAUCUAGAGGCCAUGCAUACCGUGAUUGUGGUCAUUCUCGUCGGCAUGAAACUUAUUCCAGAGGAUAUAGAAAUCAUCGAAGUUCCCGAGAAACUAGGGAUUAUCCUCCACCAUCUAGAGGCCAUGCAUACCGUGAUUAUGGUCAUUCUCGUCGGCAUGAAACUUAUUCCAGAGGAUAUAGAAAUAGUCCAAGUUCCCGAGAAACCAGGGAUUAUACUCCACCACCUAGAGACUAUGCAUACCAUGAUUAUGGUCAUUCUAGUUGGGAUGAACAUUCCUCUAGAGGAUAUAGUUAUCACGAUGGCUACAGUGAGGCCCUUUGUAGAGAUCAUUCUGAACAUCUACGUGGAAGUUCUUAUAGAGAUGCAUUUCAGGGAUACGGGACCUCUCAUGAUGCACCACCUGCACGAGGGCCUCGGAUGUCUUAUGGUGGAAGCACCUGCCAUGCAUAUAGUAAUACACGAGAUAGAUAUGGCAGAAGUUGGGAGAGUUACUCAAGGAGCUGUGGUGAUUUUCAUUAUUGUGAUCAUGAGCAUGUUUGCAGAAAAGACCAAAGGAAUACGCCUUCUCUGGGUAGGGUUCUCCCUGAUCCUCGUGAAGCAUAA